GCCAUAUAUAUCAUAUGAACAAGGAGGAGAAAACAAAACGAUUUUGAGAACUCCGGUCAUCUUCUUCGCUCGCUGAUCUUGAGAUUCAUCAUCAUCAUCAUUUCUCUCUUCCCUCCCUACUUCUGUUGUUACACUCAUCUCUGUGUGUGUGUGUGUGUGUGAUUAUAUGGCGGAGCCGGUGGAACUUCCUGGCCGGCUGGCCAUUCUUCCAUUCAGGAACAAGGUUUUAUUGCCCGGCGCAAUCAUACGUAUUCGCUGUACCUCUCCUAACAGUGUGAAGCUUGUGGAGCAAGAAUUGUGGCAGAAGGAGAAUAAGGGGCUGAUUGGGAUCCUUCCAGUUAGGGAUGCAGCCCUGACAACAUCAGUGGGUCCAGUAUUCUCUUCAGGAAUAGGAGCUGAUUCAGAGGAUGGAAUCUCAAAACCACAAGUUGGUGCAUCAGAUCCUCACAAACUCGAUGGAAAAAAACAGCAAGAAGUAAUCCAUUGGCAUACAAGGGGAGUUGCUGCUAGAGCAUUGCAUUUGUCAAGAGGAGUGGAAAAACCAAGUGGAAGGGUAACUUACACAGUUAUCCUUGAAGGCUUGUGUAGAUUCAGUGUUCUGGAGCUCAACACUCGUCAAACAUAUUAUACAGCACGCAUUGCUCCUCUUGAAAUGAAAAAAGUUGAGAUGGAACAAGUGGAACAAGACCCAGAAUUCAUUUCAUUGUCACGUCAUUUUAAAGCUACUGCAAUGGAGUUAGUAUCACUUCUUGAGCAGAAGCAAAAAACUGGUGGGAGGACAAAGGUUCUUUUGGAGACACUCCCAUUACAUAAAUUGGCUGACAUUUUUGUUGCUAGCUUUGAGAUCAGCUUUGAGGAACAGUUGGCAAUGUUGGACUCAGUCGAUGUUAAAGUGAGACUUUCAAAAGCUACGGAGUUGGUUGAUCGACAUUUACAGUCAAUUCGCGUGGCGGAAAAGAUAACACAAAAGGUUGAGGGGCAAUUGUCCAAGACACAAAAGGAAUUUUUCCUACGACAGCAGAUGAGGGCUAUAAAAGAGGAACUUGGGGACAAUGAUGAUGACGAGGAGGAUGAUUUGGCUACCUUAGAAAAGAAGAUGCAAAGUGCAGAUAUGCCUUCAGACAUCUGCAAACAUGCACAGAGGGAAUUAAGGAGGCUUAAAAAGAUGCAGCCUCAGCAACCUGGAUACAACAGUUCUCGUGUUUAUUUGGAGCUUCUCUCAGAUUUACCCUGGCAAAAAGCCAGUGAAGAAUGUGGAUUAGAUUUGAAAGCUGCAAGAGAGCGUUUGGACAGUGAUCACUAUGGUUUAGUCAAGGUCAAGCAACGGAUAAUUGAAUAUCUAGCAGUCCGCAAGCUCAAACCUGAGGCCAGGGGUCCAAUAUUGUGUUUUGUUGGUCCACCAGGUGUUGGGAAAACAUCUUUGGCGACAUCAAUUGCUUCUGCUCUUGGUAGAAAGUUUAUACGUAUAUCUCUAGGUGGUGUUAAAGAUGAAGCUGAUAUUAGAGGCCACAGGAGGACAUAUAUUGGAAGCAUGCCUGGGCGUCUUAUUGAUGGACUGAAGAAAGUUGGAGUCUGCAACCCAGUUAUGCUGCUGGAUGAGAUUGAUAAGACAGGUGCAGAUUCGCGGGGAGAUCCAGCUUCAGCUCUCCUGGAAGUUCUUGAUCCUGAACAAAACAAGACAUUUAAUGAUCACUAUUUGAAUGUUCCUUUUGACCUUUCAAAAGUUGUUUUUGUGGCAACUGCUAAUAGGAUGCAACCUAUUCCUCCUCCAUUAUUAGAUAGAAUGGAGGUAAUUGAGCUGCCUGGUUAUACACCUGAAGAAAAGCUGAAGAUAGCAAUGCGGCAUCUAAUGCCGCGUGUGCUGGCUCAACAUGGAUUGAGCUCUGAAUACCUUCAAAUCCCCGAGGAUAUCGUGAAACUUGUUAUUCAGAGAUACACUAGAGAAGCUGGUGUCAGAAGCCUUGAAAGGAACUUAGCUUCCCUAGCUCGUGCAACAGCGGUGUUGGUUGCAGAGCAGGAACAUUCUGUGCCAAUCAGCAAAGGUGUCAACCAGCUUGGUUCACCAGUACUUGAAAGCAGAAUUACUGAUGGAACUGAUGUAGAAAUGGAGGUUAUUCCCAUGGGUAUCAGUAAUAAUGAGUUGUCAAAUACAUAUACUAUUACCUCCCCUUACAUUGUGGAUGAGACAAUCCUGGAGAAAGUAUUAGGGCCACCAAAAUUUGAUGAUAGAGAAACUGCUGUCCGAGUUGCAACUCCUGGUGUAUCUAUUGGAUUGGUGUGGACAGCUUUUGGUGGGGAGGUCCAGUUUGUUGAGGCUUCUGGGAUGGCUGGCAAGGGUGAUCUACAUCUUACAGGGCAACUUGGUGAUGUUAUUAAGGAAUCAGCACAGAUAGCUUUGACUUGGGUAAGAUCGAGAGCAGAAGAACUGAAGUUGGUUUCUUCAAAGGGAAUAAAUUUACUAGAUGGAAAGGACAUUCAUAUCCAUUUCCCUGCUGGUGCUAUACCAAAAGAUGGACCUUCAGCUGGUGUGACUCUUGUGACAUCAUUAGUUUCGAUGUUCAGUCAGAGGAGUGUAAGAUCUGAUACAGCAAUGACUGGAGAACUGACCCUUAGGGGUCAUGUAUUACCUGUUGGUGGAAUAAAGGAUAAGGUUCUGGCUGCACAUAGAAAUGGCAUAAAGAGGGUGAUUCUUCCAGAGAGAAAUGCCAAAGACUUGGCUGAAAUACCUUCACAUGUGCUCUCAAGCAUUGAGAUAUUACUUGCUAAGAGGAUGGAGGAUGUGUUAGAACAGGCUUUUGAAGGAGGUUAUCCAUGGAGAAAGCAUUCAAAGUUAUAACUGGAUUUACACAUUUUCCUUUCCUCCUUUUGAGGUUAACUCUCUUGGCCUUGGGACGGGGUCAGGCCCUGUUACGUUUACUAAACACACGCCCGUAGUCCUUGUCUAUUUGCGUUUGGGCCUUAGACAAUAAUUAUAAUAAUGGGUUAAAUAUCAAUUACAACUCUAUUAGAAUAAAUUUGUCAAAUAUACAAUCCACCUAUAUAAAUACAAUCUACUUGUAAAAAAAAUCUUAUAUUUACCUCUUUGAAU